ACCUACAUUGGCAGCUCAUUACGGCCUCGUUAACGCGGGCCAUCUUUGUUAUCCUGGGACAGUGAGAUGUUUUGCUGUCAAAUCGUCACCUGUCCUGGUUUCAUGCGGCUUCAUUCAGAUGCCUCGCCUCGCUCUUACAGCGGGUUAGCUAGCCACACAGCUAAAAGCCUUUGUUCCGACUAGCAGAUCGAUAAUGUUAGCUUUUAGCCAGAGAAGAGGGAUAUUAUUAAAUGGAGCUGUGUUGUCCCACUGUGUGUACAGCAGCAGCAUCGCCAUGACUUAACAGCACUUUCAGCACUUACAGCUCCAGAACUGUCAUGGCGAUGUAGCGCCUGUUUAAACCUGUGAAUAAUAAGAAGAGAUUUAGCUUUUCGUAUUAGUAAAAUCACUGAAGCUUGAGGUCUUUUGGAUUUAAACAUUUUUUUUUAACAUGACCAGCUCCAUGAAACUGUUGUUUGGAUUAUUUGUACUUCAUGAACACGGUUUGUUUCAGGUCCAUCCUGUGAGAAAUAAACAUUAGCUAGCAUAGCUAUAGCAUAGUAUAUCAGUUAUUACCUGCUAAUAAUACAUGUGUUCAUUUCACAGGUGCGAUAGAACUCUAUCUGAACUAAACUUUAAUUUUCAGUUGCACUUUUCUUUUCUUCCAAAACUCAAAUUUCCAUCGAAUACAAAUCCAGUGAAAUAUCACGAUUAUUACGAUAAUUAUCCCUCCAACUAGAGCGGCGGCUACAAUUAUCGACACCUUUUCAGAUUUACCAAUAAAAAAACAAGCUUACAAAGGUGAGUUUGAGUUACAACAGUUAUUAUUGGUUAGUUAAUCAACCGGAAGACCCGCCUCGCGCUUUGAUCUUGCCGCCUGAUGACACAGCACGUUACCUGAGAUGGAAUUUUUUUUUUUUUUUUAGCCCGAUCAGCAAUUUGAGGAAAACCAGGACGUUCUAAUCGCAGUGAACUGUAACAACAGGACCGGUUCAGGAAGAAGUUUUUGCCUUUUUCCAAGAGAGGAGAAGAGGCGGAGAGAGUGGAUUGUGCGUGUGAAGCGAGAGGAUUGGCAGCCAGGUAAAUACGCCACUCUGUGCUCCGAUCACUUUGACGACGAUUCAUUUUUGAAGAAUCCCCAUCUGUUGGAUAGUUUAGGUGUCAGUGUUGGACAGAGAAGGCUCAAACCUGACGCCCUUCAGACAAAAUUUGAACACAAAAUUAAGCAGUCAAAGAAGAAACGGAGCAGCAACGCUCAAGCAAAAAGGAGAAGAUUGGAGAAUUCCAUCCGUGAUUCGGAAAGAGGGCGAGGAAACUCUGAGGCUUAGUACGGAGAGGAGACGAGCACGGCUGAGCAACAUCGGCAGGGCCGAUCUAACAGAGGCUUAAACCAAAACAGCUCGUGUUUGCAGCAAUCAUUUUAUCUCAGGGAAAAAACAUGUCAGCCCAAGGAAGCAAUAGGAAGCGCAUGAAGUACACGGCUGAACAGAUGCAGUUGGCCAUUGAGAUGGUGAGGACAGGGAAUAUGUCGAAGAAGGAGGCAGCAUUGACCUAUGGUGUUCCAAGGUCAACUCUGAUUGACAAGUUGUCUGGCAGAGUCCCUGAGGUUGGGAAACCUGGUCCCGAUACUGUUCUGUCGGCAGCAGAAGAGCGUGCUCUGGUGGGCUACCUCAAGCUAAUGGCUGAAAUACAAUACCCGUUGACAAGAGCUGAAUUUCUGUUCCAAGUGAAGAAGGUUCUUGACAUCGAUGGGAGGAAAACGUCAUUUACCAACAAUCUGCCAAGCAAAGGAUGGUUUUACUUAUUUUGCAAGAGGCAUCCAGAAAUAACAGAACGGGUUCCGCAGCUUCUUGCGAGAGAACGAGCCUCCAUCAGUUUUGAGAUGCUUCAGGGUUGGUACAAGGGCCUUAGUUCAUUUUUGGAGAAGGUGGUACCGGAUUUUCAGAGUCUUAUUAAUGAUCCCAGGCGCAUUUUCAACGCAGAUGAGAGUGGAUUUCCCCUUUGCGUUACAAGUAAUCAGGUGUUAACAUCUGUAUCCUCACAUCAUAUGUACGAAGUUGUUUCCAACGCAGAGUGUCAAAUCACAGUCACAGCAUGCUUCAACGCCUUAGGGGAUUACUCGCCUCCUUUAAUUGUCUUUCCUGGCCAGACAUUCAGGAAUAUAGGUUUGUCGGAUUUCCCAGAAGCCAUUUAUGGUCAUACUGAUGACGGUUGGAUGGACAGUGAUUUGUUCUUUGAAUUUCUGAAGCAUUUUGUCAAGUUUGUGGAGGAGAAACACAUUCAGUUUCCUGUCAUUCUCUUUGUUGAUGGACAUUCCACCCACAUCUCCCUUGCGACAGCUGAAUUUUGCGCUGCAAAUGGAGUCAUUCUCUACUGCCUCCUGCCUAAUGCCACUCGCAUCUUGCAGGCUUGCCAUAUCGGAUUGUUUUCUCCAAUGAAAGCAUCGUGGGAGAAAUGCGUCAAAGAAUGGCAAACGCAGCAUGUUGAUGAAGUCUUCACGAAAACACACUUCCCAAGUGUCUUUAAGAAAGCAUGGUAUUCGGUUACAACACUUGAAAACUCCGUCAACGGUUUCAAAAGAUCUGGCUUAUUUCCCUUGUCAAUUGAUGGCAUUGACGUGUCAAAGCUUGGACCAUCAAAGGUUGCCUGCCCAGCAACAGAGGUUCCAACCCAGUCUUCCACAGCACUUGUGCCAGGAUCAGAUGAACAGGUUGUAAAUGAGGAUCCAGCUGAUGACACCACCACAAACAUGCUGACCACACCCGAGGCUCGAUCUGAAACGGAGAAUUCAUCUGCGUUAAAUACCAACAUGAUUCAAGUAACAGCUGAAAUUCACCCUGCACCACCAUCUGCCAUGGCCUCGCCAGCAUUUGAAUGUUUGGACAUUCCGAAGAUGGAAAACACACUACAAAAGAAAAUGGCAAAAGCGCUUUCCGCCAGUGAAGCUUUGGCAAUUUUGAGGGAAAGAGAAGAACAAAAAGUUCAAGAAGAACAAGAAAAGACUAGAACGAAGCAAAGACAAGAACAAAUGAUGAUGAAGAAGAAAGAGGAACGAAAAAGAAAGAAACGUGCAAAGCAGUCAUCAGAUGAAGAUGAUGAGGAGAUUGUGUACAUGGACAGUGAUGAUGAUGAGGAGGAAAUUGUGUCCAUGGACACUGAUGAUGGUGAAGUAGAAGAUGAUGAGGAAUGGGCAGGCUGUGGCACACCAGGAGGAAAGGCUUCUGACUGGCAGGUCGCCAUGCAGCAGUGUGAACCCCCACAGCAGCAGCAGCAGCAGCGCGAGGAAAACCGGAAGUUGGAGGCGCGAGUGAGCACGGAAGCGGAAACAGGGGACAGCAAGGCGAGUGAUGCUUAUGAAUGUCGGAUCUGCGGCUACAAAGCAUCAGAUGUCUGCUCUCUCAGUCAGCACCUGCACUCCGUCCAUCCUGUUACUGCUCUGCCUGGUCCGAGCUCAGCAAAAGAUGAGGAGAGUAAAGGGGCGGAUGAAGUGGAAACCCGAGACCAAACCUCAGAGGGACAGAAGAGCCCACCUGCAGGAAAUUCUGAAUUUUCUGAGGGGUCCAUGUCUUCCUCACCCAUGGACUCCGAGGAGACCAGCAUAAGUACAUGCAAUGCAGAGAACCAGGUACCAGCAGCGGAGCAAAAAGAGACUGUGAAAAACACACCUGCUGCCAAAGACAGCCAAAGCAUUUCUCCUGCCUCCAUUUUGCCUCAGAGGAAAGCCUCAUCCUCUCCAGAGUCUAUAAAAGGAAGCCAAAGCGAGGACGCAGCCUCCUCAGGCACGUCCAGCCUCAACCAGACGCACUUGGUGUGUCUUCCUCUGGUGUCUGAGGGACUGAAGUUGGUGUGGGUGCGCUCCGAGCAGAUUAAGGAGCUGGAUGCAGUUUCAGAGCUGGUAGAAGCAUUUAAUGCCUUCCCCUACCCCACUGAGCAGGAGGCGAGUGCUCUGGCGCGCCGAUGCUCCCUGUCACCCGAGCGCGUCAAAGUGUGGUUUAUGAUGCAGCGCGUGCGCUAUGGAAUCAGCUGGGCGGACGACGACAUCCGGCAGACACGGCUUAAGCUGCGGCGUCUGCAAAGACUGUCUCUCGGGGAGGAGGGGGAGGAAGAAGAAGAGGAUUAUUUAGCACAUGAAGAGAGGACACCUGAAACGCUACAGCAGAGUGUUAAACAGGCGCCCGUGACGGACGUCUAUACGGGUUAUAUACACUACACACCGCAACCGGUUUUCUCCCAGGGUGCAACCAAUGACUACAACAGCAGGCAAAACAGCAUUAUUCCUCAGUACAGUAACGGCUUCGAGACGUUUGUUCAGCAGCAAACUGAAAACCAGUAUGUGAGCGAGUUUCAGAAUGCAUCCGUGGACAAAGACCAUGCUCAGUUGCCUAGAGAUCUGAAUCACUUACCUCCUCACGAGCCCAAGGCUGAGAGUUCUACCACUUACCAUAACUUAUCAAAAUCAGCCGUGAUUUGUGGCCCCCCGAUAACCCAGCAGCGAAAGAAGACCAAAGCCCAGCUGAUGGCGCUGCGCCGUAGUUUUGUCCAAAAGAACUGGCCGUCCGAGGCUGAGGUGCAGCGGCUGCAGCGUGCCACUGGGCUCGGAAGGCACGAGAUCCGGAAGUGGUUUGCCGACAGUCGCUACCAGCUACGCAGGAGCGGUCGGUCCUGGCUGGCUGAACUGACCAAGCCGAGUCAAUCGCCAGAGCCCUCGGGUAGAUUUCGACAACAGUUGAACAACGAUGAGUUUCAGGAGGAUGGCGAGGCCUCGGGGACGACGUUUGACUACGAGCUCGAUGUGGACAUGGAGGAUCAACAAGGCCCUGUAGAAGAUGGAGUCGGCAAAUCGGACACGAGGAAAGCGAAACAAAGUGAAGAGCCGCCACAAAAAGACAGCCAAGCUAACGUUAAACAGGAACGGAGGGAGAUCGCGAUUGUCCCUUCUCCAUCUCCUGCCUCCUCGUCUCCAUCUCCAUCACUCCUCCAAGGCUGGAACCCCAGCCUGGGUCCGGAGCCCAACCUCCGCAAGAAGACAUGGGAGCAGCUGAACAUGCUGAGGCAGAGCUUCCUGCACUGCCAGUGGCCCACCAGCGAAGACUACACAAUCCUGCAGCAGAAGACGGGCCUGACGCGGACUGAGAUCGUUCAGUGGUACGGAGACACACGCUACCACAUUAAACACUCCAACCUGCGCUGGAUUCACCCGGAUGACCGAGAGCGUGUACGUGCAGGUGUCAUGAAGCAGCAGAAGAGAGCAGGGAAGGGCCCCAGGAGCAGGAGAUGGACAGAGGGCACAGAUCCGAGCUUCAAGUUUAGGGAGCCGCAAUCCAGUAACGGGACAGGACGCAGUGAGGCGAAGUCAUGGGACAAAUUAUUCAAGACAGCUUCCUCAGUACUGCCAAGUGGUGAACUUUGACCUUGGGGUAUUUUUAGAUUAAAUGUUAAAGAGUAUUUAGAAUAGCAGGAAAGUAGAGGCUGGACUCUACAUUGCUGCCAAAUGCUGUAUUUCAUGAUUUUUUUUUUCCUUCUGGUUUCUCUCAUGUUCUUCAUGUUCUCAUGUCCAGUGUUUCUCACCACUAAUGGAUUGUUGCAUCAAUAUAAUCCAGUGCCUCGUCAGGACCUUUAAUACACAACAUAUUUAUGUAUUUACUUUUGUCUAUCUGAGCAGUUUCAUUUAAGCUGAAGUUAUUUAUAACACUAAAAACAACAAAAAAAAAAAGCUAAGGAAGGUGUUCAGAGCAAUUAGCAGAACAUAAGCACUGGGUGAAACUGCUGUUUUCAUGUGUAGCAUUUCAGUGUUCAACAGGAUAGGAGUGUGCUUAGAAAUUAGUUUCAGGUCUUUUUCGAUGCACAUUUUCAGAUGUUUAUUUAAACAAAAAAAAAACAAAAAAACUGACUUUUAGCGUAUUAACAUGGGUCAGAUCUUCCAGACCAUGAAUCCUUUAAAGUGUUGCUUUUAAAAGAGCAGUCAGUGUGGAAGUUUAUUGCUUAUUUCACUUCUAAUUUAUUUAGACCCAGGACCAUAAUCCAAGAGAAGAAGCUUGAAUGAUGCAUUUGAUAUUCUAUGCAUUUGAUUAUUAUUUAGUUGACUAGAAAAUUCCUUUACUGCUUUUGAAGAUUUUUGUACCUAUUUCUAGAAAAUGUUUUCCCUUGGUUACAAUGACAUUUUAACUCAAUAAAG